AUACCCUACGCUAUUUGCUGAUCGAGCAUAAUUCUUGCGGCUUUUUCUUUCUGCAGCCAUGUGCUACCCGUAUCUAAUCUAAUCCUUUUUCGAAUUCUGCCUCUUCAUGAAGAAACCGAUAGGCAAAUUUACUUGAUCAAAUGCUAGGCUACAAUCAUGACGCCAUUUCAAACGCUUUGGGUGUUGAUUAGCAUCACUCUUCCCGUCUUGCCCCAUAAUUUUUCGUUGCAUAGUGGGCCUUGGGCCGGAAUGAAACUAUUCAAUGUCACACUCGCAUCUUCUCUCAACAAGAUUUUUUUCCCCUCACGACUUGCUUACUAUCACCAUCAAUUCGUCCCUUUAGCAUCCAUGGUUCCUUGGGUCUCUUCUGCUGCAUUCAGCCAUACAACAUGGUUUUCGCACAGAUUGAUUUUGGUUGACAUCGGUUCCUCACCCAGAGUCAAGCUGCUGUGCACUUGGCCUCGGUGGAUACUACAUUGCAGUUAUUGCGAAGGGGAAAGAAGAAGAAAAUAGGACGAAAACGGCAAUUUGCCCCAUCUCGAAAUGCAUAUAAACCCAGCUUUCGUACCUGCUUCUCUGA